AUGGAUGCCUUUAAGGAGGAAGUAGAACGCCUUGUAGCAGAGGGAAUUGGGAAACCAAUUAAAUUUAGUAAUUGGGCAGCCCCAGUGGUUGUGGUUCCAAAGUCAGGCGGACGAGUUCGAAUUUGUGGCGACUUCAAAGCAUUAAACUCGCAGUUGGAGGUGGAACAUGCGGUUAUACCCGGAGUAGAAGAAAUGCUUUUUAAGCUGCGGGGAGGCAAAUUUUUCGCACCGAUCAAUCUUUCGGAGGCAUACCUCCAGAUGGAACUUGAUGAUGAGUCUAAAAAGUUUACGGUCAUGAACACCGUCAUGGAACUGUUCCAGUGUCAAUGCUUGCCAUUUGGUGUAGCAAGUGCCCCGGCCACAUUUCAGCGGCUCCUCGAACAGGUAAUUGCUGGCAUUCGCCAGUGUGGCAAUUAUAUUGAUGAUAUUAUUGUGGCAGCCAGUACGGCUGAUGAGCUCUUGGAAAUUUUACGAGAAAUUUUUGAAAGGUUGAAGUUGUAUGGUCUUGUUUGUAACCUUGCCAAAUGUGUAUUUUUACAAACAGAGAUUGAGUUCUUACGCUAUACGAUAAGUGGGUCUGGAAUAAGGCCGUCUGACUCAAAAGUAAAAGCGAUCCAGGAGUUGUCACUACCCUCAAAUCUGAAGGAUAUUCAGGCGUUUAUGGGUAAAGUUACUUAUUACAAUAAAUUCAUCAAAAAUGUAUCUCAAAUAAGUUCACCAUUGAAUAAGUUGCCUAAUCAAGAGGUGCCUAACGAAUCUAUACCAAGUAAUAGCAGUAAUGAAACCAAGUCUGAUGGUUCACCUAUAAUGCAAACACCCAGACGUUCGGGCAGAGAUCGCAGACCUGUUGUCAGUCAUUGA